AUACCAAAAAAAUACGAUCCCUCAAUUUUUAUUAUUCCACCCCCAAAAUUCAAUAUCAUCCAGCAAAAUCCCAUUCACACCAACCCAUUCCUUUGAUGAGAUUCUCUUCUUUCUCUUCCUCGUGUGUUUAUUGAGGUCUUUACACCCUACACCAUAACUACUUUUCUUAAUUAUUACAAUAGCGCGUUUGUUUGACGGCUGUGGUGCUGUCAAAUGAACCUGCAACGACCAAUUAUAUCUUUUCUCUAUUCACCCUCCCCUCCUGGCGUCAUCUAAAUGCCCACCAUCUAUUCGUCCUUGUACCAGAAUUUCAUCCGUCAAGGAUUUGCGAAAUCUUUCACUCACGGCUACGCUCAAUCCGUCGUAGCUGCAACCCAUCCCCAUGUUCUAAAUUCACAGAACCGUCCGUCGUUUGCGCGACGUAACAGUCAGCGCCUCGGACGUCUCUCUGGUCUUCAGCUCCAGAACGCUUUCCAUAGCUCGAAUCAGCACGAGCUGCGCCAUGACAAGCAUGGCGGCCAUGGAAACUUAGAUGCCUACUUUGAGGCCCUAAGAAAACAGCAGGAUACCGGCGAUGUCGAAAAAGAAUGGACACAAUUUCAAUUUCCCAAGCCCAUAGAAUGGAGGCCGAAUGCUUCAUCCGUCUUCGACGGCCCCGAGUCCAAGACACCGAACGCCGAUGUUGCCGAGGCUCUUGGAGCUGACCAGGAUGGAGGUGAAGACUUGCCUGUUGCCGUCGACGUAGAAGCAGCUUUGGCGCACAUUGAUGCCGCUAUCGAGAAGGAAAUUGAAGUUCGCGGGUUGCGGGAGGCCCUCGAGGAGAAUGUCGCGCAUUCCCCGCGAGCGCUAACACCGUCUAUUGCGAGUGGUAUCCAGUCUCGGGCUCUCACUCCUGUCAUUGAGAGGUCCGCGACUCCUGCCAGCAUUGCUCGCACCGCAACUCCGCCCGUCGAUCCCCAAUCCCAGAGCUAUGCGGAUCAUCUCUCCAAGCUCUCCGAGGACGGCCGAUACGCUGAGAUUCCGGCCGUCUUCGAGGCAAUGCUAGUCACUGAUAUCAAACCUAUUGCCGCAUCUUACAAUGCUCUUCUGGUCGCUGCUAUUCACAUCCCUAGUGAGAAGAAUGAGGUGGUGUCCAAGGCCUUGGAUGUCUACGCUGAUAUGAUGCGACGGAAGAUCGUACCAGACGGCGAUACCUAUAACAUCUUAGUCGGAUUAUUGGCUGCUCGAUGUCUGGAAGUGUCGUCCCUCAAGAAGGGUCUUGAGGACAAGCGUCUUCGUUUUGGUGGUAUGGAUGAGCCUGGGAAGUUCAUGUUCGCCUCGAAUGAGCUGGAACACGCCAUUCUGUCGGAGGACGAUAGGCUCGACUUUGCCAUCAAACUGUUCGAGACUUCUGUUUUAACAAACAAAGCGAACUACUCGUCAGAAACUUACCAUCAACUCAUCUCAGCAUGUGCUCAAGCUGGUCGCGUCUCUGACAUGCUCCACCUUUUUGAGCAUAUGGAGCUAAGUGGUGCCGUUCCUUUUGCAGCAACCUUCCCCUCUAUGAUCACCGCGUUUGCGAACACGGGUGAUUUGGCCAGCGCUGUUGAGUGUUAUAACGAAUACAAGGACCUUGCUGUCGCUCAUGACAAUGGUAACUACACAUUGAAUGAUCGAUUGGACUCGCAGGUUUAUGCUUCGGUAAUCAAUGCUUAUAUAAUCAACGACAAGUUAGAGGGUGCCAAAAAGUUCUACGAGAAGAUUGCGGGCUCAUACGGCGUACGUGCUGCCGAAAUCCGGGACGCUAUUAUCAGCGGAGGUUUUGUCAAGGGCUUCACUGCUAGGGGAAUUUAUCAUGAAGCGCUUCAAUGGGCCCAGAACAUCGAGAACAACGCACGUCUAAAUGCCUUGGCGGACAUCGCAACUGCUGCUGCUGAUUCCGGAGACCGACUUACUGCAGUGACUUCUUUUGCCCUCCUCCCCUCUGUUUUCCCGGGUAUUGCUGCUCCUGCGAUGGCUUUGUUGGCCCUCAGCGUUCGAGAAGGCGACGUUCCGGCUGCUUCUAGAUACUGGCACAUGCUAAGCAGCCCCGAAACAAGGGUUGACUCAACUUUCAUCGAGCCGACCGCCAUGUAUGCCGUUGCGUUGAUUGGUUCAGGUCAGGUUGCCGAGGGGUUAUCCGAGUCUGAAAUGAUGUUCCAGCGAAUUCGAGCGGUUGAGAAUGAGACAAAGCCACACCUUGCCGAUGAAAUCGAAGAGGGAAUUGAGUUUAUCUCUAGGUUCAUGGCCACUCGCGGCAUCGCUGAUCCUCGCGAGGUUGCUUCUCAAACCAGCUUUGGUCAGCAGACAUUUUCUGCAUCACCCUAUCCAUCAACGCCUACGGUCUCGAGCUAUGAGGACAACUUUGACCCUUACGCCCACAACACCGACUUCAAGGGCUCUUCUAUCAUCUCGGAUGAACUUGAGGGUGCCCAUGGACGCAAGGGACCCCGGCUCAAUGAGGCACUCUCACGUUUCCGCAACAUGCGACGCGCAGGACGACACCCAAGAUAUAUCACCUACGCUAAGAUGAUCUCUGCUGCGGCACGUGAGGGCAAAAUGGACCUGUGUCAUGACAUUCUGGCCAUGGCACGGACAGAUGUGCCUUUCCUUCCGCAAUACUCUGUCGUUCGUUACGGCUGGUCUUCCAUUCUCGAUGCUAUGGUCGGUUCCUGCUUGACACUCGGCGACCGAGUUUUGGCGGAACAGUACCAUCUCGAGCUUCUCCAAAUGGGCGCUGCUCCCUCGGCAAAUACCUUCGGUCUUUAUAUUACCACUCUCAAGGAAUCCACUAAGACCUUUGACGAAGCUUCCGAAGCUGUCAAGAUCUUCCACCGUGCCAAGGCUGAGGGUGUGGAGCCUUCGUCCUUCUUAUAUAAUGCUCUGAUUGGUAAACUUGGCAAGGCCCGCCGUAUCGAUGACUGCCUCUUCUACUUCGCCGAGAUGCGCGCCCUAGGUAUCAAGCCGACGAGUGUGACUUACGGAACGAUUGUCAAUGCUCUGUGUCGUGUUAGCGACGAGAAAUUCGCAGAGGAGCUUUUCGAUGAGAUGGAGUCUAUGCCCAACUACAAGGCCCGUCCAGCUCCGUACAACAGCAUGAUGCAGUUCUUCCUCACUACUAAGCGCGACAAGACUAAGGUUCUCGCAUACUACGACCGAAUGCAGGCCAAGGGAAUUGCGCCAACUGCUCAUACUUACAAGCUCCUUGUCGAUACUCACGCUACUCUCGAACCCGUCAAUAUGACUGCUGCUGAAGUUGUUCUGGACAUGAUCCGUGCCUCUGGCCAAAAACCUGAACCGGUACACUACGCUUCGUUGAUCCACGCUCGUGGCUGUGUUCUCCACGACAUGCAAGGCGCGAGGAAGAUCUUCGAUUCGGUUAUAAAUGACCCGACCAUUCGUCCCAACGCCUGCCUCUUCCAGGCGUUAUUCGAGGCUAUGGUUGCUAACCAUCAAGUUGCCGACACCGAAGCCGUCCUGUCUCUGAUGAAGCAAAAGCGUGUGGAACUUACCCCGUACAUUGCCAACACGCUCAUUCACGGCUGGGCUAGCGAGAAGAACAUCGAUAGGGCGUCCUCUAUUUACAGCAGUGUUGGUCGCGACAAGCGUGAGCCUAGCACAUAUGAGGCAAUGACUCGUGCCUACCUUGCUGUUGAAGACCGAGAGCAUGCUAAGUUAGUGGUGGGCGAGAUGCUCUCAAGAGGUUAUCCCAGUGCCGUUGUUAACAAGGUUCUGGAGCUCCUUGGUGGCGGAAGCAGCGAAGAAGCGGUUGUUGCUUAAAUGUCAACUGUGCGAUCGACGUUGCUGCGAGUUCCAUUUUCUUCUGUUGUUUCCUUUGUUCUUUGCUUUUGAUCGCGAUACCCCAUCAUCUUGUGCUACAAGAGGUUGAUAUGAUUCUUUUUUCGCCGGGGUAGUCGGUUGAAGCGAAGGGCAGCAUAACUGAUCUUGGGCCAGGCGUCUUUUGGUUUGCAUGUAAAACGGGUUACGGGCCGGGCACCAGGGGAAAAGGGCAUCGGCUGGCACGGAUUUAUAGAUCAAUCUCCACUCUGCAUAUACUGCGAAAGAACUUCCAUAUUAUUAUUAUCUACGGGCGGAGAGCUAUUGGGGGGGACUAACUACAGGACCCCAUGGGUUUGGGCGAUGGUCAGCCCACGAGAUAAAGAGAAAGGCGUUCGGGACGGUUAAUUGAUGGCGACGCACUCACGAUACAUUUGUAUGGUGCGUGAGAGCGCUUAUGGAUUAGCGCUGACGUAGCUUCGGGUGUCUCGUAUGAUAAAAUAAUUACAUGGAAGUUGUUCUAACUA